ACAACGCUAAAAGCAUAAUGCACGCUAUGAAAAUAGUAUUGCAGUUCUUGCUGCUGGGAUUUAUGACAACUACAAUUCUGUGCAGUCCAUUGAACGUUGCAGGUAUCGACGAAAGAAAUAAUAAUAGCAAUGAAGUAAAUAUGGCAAAUACACAAAUUGCUUCCAGAACGGUAGCUAAAAAACCGCACUACACAGUUGGUCAUAAUGGACGUCCCGGAUGUCGCACAGCACAAGAAAUAAAUCGUUCAUGGCGCAAUAAUAACGAUCCGACGCGUUUCUGGUUCUGCGAGGAACUUAAUAGUGAAGCUGUGGAAGUAUUUUGUCCUGCUGGCGGUUACAUGAAUGAGUUCAGUUUGUGUGUGCCCUGGAAUAUGUGGGAAUGGCUUCCACCACAGGAUCCUCCAACAAUGAGCAUGGCAUAAGAAUUUCAUGGCAUAUAAUUGAUAUCCCUAAGAAAAUAGUUUUAUUAUAAAUUCAUUUUUCCAAUAAAAAUUUUGAAAUUGUAAAAUG